AUGCAGAGUCCCUCGAUUACAUUUGAAGGCGCAUAUCCUUCAGGACCGCUGGACGGUCAUGGGAGUGUGCCUCAAGCCUCGCGAUAUCAGGCCUUCGGAGCUAAAAGCCGGAGAGCUGACUCGUCAGUAAGGAUCCGUCAUAUUGCGCUUCCAGAGGAAACGACGCUGAUCGAAUUUGUGCAUCAGGCAUGUGAAUCUUGCUGCAGGAAUGGGGCUCCAUGUGAGGUUGAUGAAUCAAGCUCAUCUUGUAGGCAAUGUAUGCGGCGUCGCAUCCCGUGCGAAUUCGCCACCAGAAAAGAAAAGCUUGAUCGUCGAAAAAGGCGCUUGUACGUGAAGGCUUUGAAAGAGCGUUUGAGGAAGACCGAGUCGCUACUCAAAGCUGCUGGCAUCCCUAACCAGGAGAACCUCGGAAUCUCUGAAACUAGCGAUGAUGACGAAUCGCUUGAUGGCAGUGGAACUGAGGAUGAAUGGGAAGGCUCUUCUUCGACUUCGCCGCCCUGCGACUCGGACAAAUGCCUACCCAGCGCCGGGAGAACAGGUGUUUCGAACGCCUCGAAUCAGGAUCAUAUUUCUGGGCCCGCUGGUAGACGUUCGGCUGGUAACAGUCAGCAUGCCCCUAUCUUUCGAUGGGAUAACAGAGCCGAUUCUGUCUAUUAUGGGCGUUCAUCCUCCUUGUCUAUACUCUCUCGGGAAGGAAUCGAAUGGAUCAAGCACAAGGCCGGCGAAGUUAAAUUCCUCCGUCUGCUGGUUUCAGACUCGAAGUACGACUCCCCCUGGGACUACUGGCGUCCCGAUGUGUUUCAUGAUGUCUUCGCUUCGACGGUUUUCAAGCCGCUGCCGCCGAGAGCAGAAGUUUUCUCAUUGUUGCGCGACUACUUCCGCACAAUCAAUCGCUUAUUCCCUCUCUACCAUGAAGCAAGCUUUAUGGAACUGGUCGAGUGGCAAUACACGCAGCAGACAUGCGAUGACGCUGCCCGGUGGGCCAGCAUCAAUGUCAUUCUCGCGCUCGCGUAUGAAUACAGGUACACAAACAGCCAGAAAUCGGAAAAGGAUAAAGAAAGGGCCUGGUUUUAUUACAAGAACGCCAUGUCGGUCUUUGCAGAACUGACGUUGCGUCGAACCGACAUGCUCAGUGUACAGGCUCUACUGGGCAUGGCUCUUUUUCUUCGCGGUAAUUCAGGUACUCAAUCUGCAAUGCCAUUGAUCACAGCAGCCAUAAAGUCAUGUCAUCGAAUGGGUCUUCACCGUGAAACCCCACGGCCACAUCUUUCACAAGUGGAGCAGGAACAAAGAAGAAGGGUCUUCUGGGUUGCCUUCAUUCUUGAUCACAGUACAUGUAUACGGACAGGAAAUGCCCCAACUCAACAUCUAGAUGAUUUUGAUGUCGAAAUCCCUACUGAGGAUAGUGAGAUCGAACCCAUAUUGAGCAACAACAAGUCAUUUUUUCAACAGCUUUGCCGGAUCGCUGUUAUCAAGGGUCGAAUAUACGCGAAGCUUUAUUGCGCCAAGGCUUUUCAGAACAAGACUGCAGCAGAAGUCGUUCAGAUUGUCAGAGAACUCCAUGCCGAACUUGAAGAAUGGCGGGCAGAUAACACAUAUGAUGAACAAUUAAAGCAAGGAGCGACAGGCGAAGAUUUCCUGCGCGGAUUUGCAUCUGCUGGCAUGCAAUUAGUCUACUACAAUUCUUUAAUUCUGAUUCAUAGGGUCCCUUUGGUCAUCCAUUUUGCCCAACAACGGCAUCUCGCAAGUGUGGAGUCGGGCCCCUACGAUACAAACAUUAUCCUCAAAGAAUUAUCAUUAUCCGUCGCUAUCUGUACGGAAGCUGCUCGGGGUACAUUACGGCUUGUCAACAAUCUGCCUUGGGGUGAUGUAGCAUGGAUAUGGUCCCUGCUGUAUUACAUUUUUGGGGCAGUUAUGACCAUCUUCAUAAAUAUCUUGCGAGACUCACGACAUGCUCACGUCAAAGAGGACCUCCAAUCUCUCAACAUGGCCUCGACCUUCUUUGCUACACUUAUACCCGGCGAUGGACCAACCAACUAUGCCCGGUUCAUGACAAGAAUGAGCUCAAAUUUCGAGCGUAUAGCCAGGGCCGUCCUCGAAAGAGAGCAGCGGGUGCUCAAACCCAGCGAAAGAACGGGUUAUCGUGUUUCAGCGUCCCGGGCCGAAAGCCGGAAUCGCACUGUACCCGACACCGACGACGACGACGAAAACAAAAAACAGCAGCAAGAAAGCACCGCGCCUCAUUCCUCAUUCACGUCCUCCCCCGUCCACUCACCCCCGACCAUCGACAUCCCCCAUCUCCCAGGCCUUCCCCGCAUCAACUCCGCCGGCUACGUUGUCCCCGACAGCAGCCCCCCAGCUUCCGACGACAUCACAAUGCCCGCUCCUUCCUUCAACCAAGAAAUCCCAGCAUCAACCCAACCAUCAAUGCCUCCUCAAACAUACAGCAACAAUUACAAUCCCAAUCUCAAUACCACUCCCACUCCCAUCUACCCCUUCGAACCAUUCCUCCCUAUCCCCAUCUCCAUGAACUUCCCUCAACCUGACUUGUGGCAAAUUCCCAUUCCCCCCGACUGGGAUCCCAACCAGUUUGGUGAAGAUUACUAUACGCAAGGAUUCUUUCAACCAACCGCGUCGUCGACGGGACCCGCGGCGACGCCAAUCAACGUCCCCCUCACACCGGUGAACAUGGGCUUCCCGUAUGGAAAUCCAGGCAACCUUCCUCCUGGUCAGGGGCCGGGCCAGCAACCCAUGUGGCCUGGUGGAGGAUUUGGCAUUCCAUAUGUAUGA